CACGUGAAUUUUGUUCUCGUGUUCACUGUGUAAUGUUCAUGUUUUCAGUUUCAUACUUAAUAUUUAAUAGCUAGUACCUGUAUCAUACUCAUCACAGACUCUAAUAUAGUCAUUAGUCUGUAGUCUCAUAGUUAUUAAUUACUUUUUAACUAAAAUUUAAAGACUACAUUAGCGAUGAAAACAAAAAAAAAAGGAGGAAGAAGAUUGAAACGAGAUUGGCGAAGAAAAAUUGACGUGACUGAUGUUGACACGUAUCUAGAUGAGAAAAGACUCGAGGAACGAAUAGGAGAUCCAUUCAGCAAAAAAAAAGAUGAAGAGUUGUUUCAUAUUGAUACAAGUGGAAAGAAAAAAAAAUCUUUAAAGCCUAAGAAAAAAUCUUUAAAUGCACCUUUGAAAUGCCUAUCAAGCUUACAAUCAACAUCUGCUAUUCCACCACUUGCUCAAAGAAGUGUUAAAAAAUACAAAAAGAUUAAUAAAAAGGAUGAUGAUUUUGACAAGAACAUUAAACCACUAAGGAAAACUAUUGUUAAGAAAAAAGAGGCAAAAGAAUUAAAUAAAAUUUUAAAGUCUAAAGUUAAAACAUUACAACUAAAAGAAAAUUCAUCAAAAGAUGUCUUUGAUAAGGAUUUAUGGACAAGUUAUAGAGAACCAGGACAAAGAAAAGACAAACUCAUAAAAAAUGUUAUUAAAUGGUUGCCAAGUGAAGUAUUAAACCAUAACGCUAAAGUUCUUCCAAAAUUAAGUAAUAAAAAAAUGUCCCAUCCAAGUCAAAGUACAUGCAGUGUUGAAGAUAUGAAAUGUCCACACCCUGGUCUUUCGUACAAUCCCACAAUCGAGGAUCAUGUUUCAUUAUUGACUAAUAUUGCUGAAAAAGAAACGGAGCUUAUAAAGCAUGAAGCUCAUAUCAAUAGAGUUACACGAAAUUUAUUCAAGCAAGUUUCUAAAGAUAAACAUGAACAAAUGAUAAUUGAAGAACUAACUGAAGGUUUACCUGGCUUUACAGAUAACUCAGUUAAAGAAGUAACUGAAGAUACUUCUGAAUUUAAAGCUAUUAAUCCACCAACUACAAGAGAUAAUCAAAAGACCACUAAAAAACGUAAAAUCCAGAGACGAUUACGUAAUGAAGAAAGACAACGUAUGAACGCUAAAAUUGAAAAGAAGAAAGUUUCAGAUCUUUAUAGAUUGCGUUAUAUUAACGAAGAAUUAGAUGAAUUAGAAAAUACAACUAAUAAAAAGAAACUUAAAAGAUUACAAAAGAGACAAAUAAAUAAUGUUAGCACCAGGCGUCUAGGAACAAACAAAUUUACAGAGUCACUAGAUGCUUUUGCAUUACCAAAAGAUUUAAAAGGUACUCUAAGGGAAACAGAACCUCAAGGAAAUAUAUUCAAAGACUGUUUUGAAAGUUUACAAAAGCGUAAUAUAUUGUCUGUUGGGAAAAAACAACUUAAGAUUAAUAAGAAAAAGGUACAAGCAUUUAUGGAUCCUGCUUUUAAAGUUACACCAGACAUGUUGGCAAAGUAUAGUGUUUAAUUUAAUGAUUAAUUAUUGAUGUAGAAAUAAUAACAUAAUUUUGGCGUCAUAAUUCAUUAUUCAUUAUUAUUAUAUUG